AUGGCUUCGCCGGAGCCCAACGAUGAAGAUCGACUUUGCCCUUUGCUCGCGCAGCCUGAAAGACCCAGGAUCAAUAUCUUCACCCUCUCUUAUCCCCGAAGAAAAUCCAGCGAUGAAGUAGCAAGAUUACUUGAGUCAGAGCCUUCUUCUUUGAGCCAUUUCAUAUUGUGGGUAUGGAAUGGAUCUAGAUACUCUGGUUUACUUUGUAUGGUCCUUUCAUCUACCACCUGUUUUCUUAUGGAAGUUCUUUCCAAUAUUUUUUCUGUCCAGGCAAUUCCUUUAUCUGAGGCUGCUUUCACAGGAUGUACAGUUAUGUUGGUACUAUCAUAUAUAUGGUUGAGAAAGGGUGAACAGCCGCUUUCUGGAACAUCCCAUGUUAGGAAUAUUUUGAUUUCAAGAGCCCUUGUAGGCUGUUUGUCUUUGUCAAGUUUUAAUUCUGUUCUUUUCAGUGUUCAGAGGUUGCCUUUCUCUCAGGCUAUUGUAUUAAAUUUAACGACUCCUAUUAUGGCAUCAAUUAUGGCUAGGCUCUUUUUGCAUGAGAAGUUGAAAAUUGCAGAUAUUGCAGGCCUCGCUUGCAGUUUCUUUGGUGUGCUCUUCUUUUUCCACGACAUGCUUGCUACAAAAGGACACUUAGUUGAAGCUGAGGAAGAAAGUAGUGCAAAUUAUAAAGGAGGUCAUGUAUUUGCAUUAUUACUUGGUCUCGUUUCAUCAAUUACUGGUGGAAGCAGCUACUGCCGUAUAAGGGCUGCAGCAAAAGCUUCUGAUCAGCCACUAUUAACUGUCCUUGCAUUUAGCAUGCUGGCUAGCCCAGUGACGGCUGUAUGUACAUUCUUCUUUGAGGAUUUUGUGCUCCCAGGACAUCAGUCAAUCAUACUCAUGCUUGUACUUAGUGUUCUCGCUUUCUUUGCUGAGAACAAAUUUCUCCUCUCUCUCCUGACUAGUGGUUUCGUGGAGCCCAAUGCUGAGAUGGCUUCAAAUGUCAUGGACUGCCAGGCUUUUGCCACAGAGGAAAUGAAAAACAGAAAGCGAUCGAUCUGA